CCUGCAGGCCUCCAGAACUCCAGGAACACUCCCAGCCCCAUCGACCCAGACUCCAUCCAGGUCCCGGUCAGCUACGAGCCCGACCCGGCGGACCUGGCUCUGUCCAGCGUUCCGGGUCAGGAGAUCUUCGAUCCGCGCAAACACAGGUUCUCCGCCGAGGAGCUGAAGCCGCAGCCGAUGAUCAAGAAAGCUCGGAAGGUCUUCAUCCCCGAGGAUCUGAAGGAUGAUAAAUACUGGGCCCGUCGCAGGAAGAACAACAUGGCUGCCAAGCGGUCCCGCGACGCCCGCCGGCUCAAGGAGAACCAGAUCGCCAUCCGGGCCGCCUUCCUGGAGAAGGAGAACUCGGCUCUGAGACAGGAAGUGGCCGCCCUGAGGAAAGAGCUCGGGUGCACCAAAAACGUCCUCGCCAAAUACGAGUCUCAGCACUGCUUGCUGUGAGGAAGAUCACGGCGACGAAGAUCUCCACACACCUGUGGUCCCGGUUUGACCCGAUCCUCAGUCCAACCGGCUCGACUCAUCAACCACCAGGCAGGAAGGAGGAAGGAAGUAGGUUCUUUCAACCUCUACCACAGACUCCGCCCCCUGCAGGUUUGCUCCCACAAAGCACCUGUUUUCACACCUGCCUACAUGCCCCGCCUCCUGCUGCUCUCCUAUUGGUCCAUUUUAUUUCUUUUUACAUUUUUUUCUUGUCGUCUGUCGAGGACUUUUCAGACUUUUUCAAACUGAAUAUUUGUUUCUGUAAAGAACAGUUAUUUAUAUCAAACACCUCAAAUCACCAAAAAGUUUUUAUUUACAUUUUUGAUUUUUAAUCCUAGCUUUAAUCCCAUCAGGGAGUGACUUUAAACACUAAACUUUUAAUCCUAACCUUAAAACCAGUAAAUACUUUACAGUUCAUCUUUUAGGUGCUGUAACGUUUUUAUUGUAAGUUUGUUUUUCUGCCACCAAGGGGCAGAGUUAGUCUUUUUCUCUUCCAGUUUAAUCUGGUUUAAUCUCACCUUCAUGCAGCAGCGUAGUGUUAAAUUCAGCUGCUCAGCCUGCCUGAACAGAUUAAUCCACAUUCAUGAUGAUUUUUCAGGACGUUGAGCUCAGAUGUAUAUAUUUUUUUACUUUAAUUUUAGCGCGAGCUCAAACCUUUAGUCAUUAUUUAAAAGUUUUUACGGUGAAAAUGUGAUAACAGAUGGAACAGAGGUGGUGACGAAUGACUGAACUGAGAUUUUUCCAUCAGGUCUGACAUGUUGGCUUUUAUUUUCAGUCAAAUUGGUCUCUGUCUCUUUUUCCGUCUCUGACAUGAUUUUGUGAUGAAGUUUGGUUCUGAAACAGUGAAAACUGAAACCAGGUCCAUGUCGAACUCAGGUCUUCAUAUGUGGUUUGUUGUUGAUUUUAAUCGAAUCAACUUUAUCAACAUUUCUGUUUUUGGAGAUGUUGAACAUUUAAAGAUCUGCUCAGUGCUCAAGUUCUCUAUGAUGUCCCCGCCCCUUUUUGGGAGAAAAUCAAGCCCCUCCCCUUUUUGGGUUAAAACAAUCCCUGCAACUUUAUCUUACUGGAAAUCCUUCAUUUUAAUUGCCCAAAUAUUACAGUUUGUUAGUGAAAUGUUCAUUUUCCCUGCUGAUCAACAAUCACAUUAUAUAAUAAAACAAACCGUUACUUAAAUGAGCUGCUUGCUGAUAACAUAAGAUGCUAACAGUCAGGUUAUUGUCAACAUAUUUAAAUGUAAAAUUUAAAUAAGUUUUAUGUGAACAGACUGUAGUUAACUCGAUUUAACUGUUAAAGCUAACGACACAAAGAGAAGCUAAUGUGACCAUAAAAACCAGACCUGUAGACUCAUUAACAAUCAAAUAUUUACUGAAAUGAUCCUGAUGAUAGCAUUAGAUGCUAACCCAACUCAAUCAGAACCAAACAUUUAUCUUAAAAAGAAAACCCAGUUUAUCUAAAAUACAGAUUACAAUCUGCUUCUGAGUCAAUAAUUUAUUGAAAAUAAAAUAGAAAUGAAAACACUGAGCAGCUGUUUCUUGGUUCAAUAGAACAUCCUGUGGUUCUGGAAGGUUUUACCGUGAAUGCACUUUCAAGUCUUUACUACAGAAUCUACAGAAUAUAUUGUUAUAUUAAAGGUUUUAAUGUUUUUAUAGAGGUAUUCCUGCUUUUGUACAGAUAUUUUUGUGUAUUUUGGAAAAGUUUUCAUAAAAAGAAAAUAUAAAUAUAUAUAUAUAUAUAAACUUCAUAAACUAUUUAUUAUUAUUGCGCUCAGUGUGGUCCGAGCCAAAUAUGGGCAUUCACUUCAUGUUUCCUCUCUUGUAGAUUAAAAACCUCAGAUUGUCUCUGUCACACCUGCACAGGUGAGACAUUUAAUAGCCAGGUGCUCCUCCUCCUCCAGGUGUGCCUCCAGCACAGAGGAACAAAAAGCACUUUGAUUCUGUUUCUCUCCUGGUUCUCUGUGAGAUUCUGUAGCUGCUGUUUAUUUGUUUUAUGUUUCUGCUGAUAAAUAAAAAGUAAAAACAAUGA